AUGGAUCAGCCUGGCUCUCUUGAGGACUUAGAAACUGCCGGUAGUGCCUUCAGGCUUCUGUCAGAGGCCCCAGACGCGAGUGUAGAGCAGACUCUGCAAGACGAUCUUGUCUCCUGGAACCCGAAUCCUGAUUUCUCGAGCGACAGGGAGUGCAUCAGCUCACAUCGGGAGCCAUCCGAGCUUGCAGUUGAGUCAGAGCCUGCUGAUGCCUUCUUUGAAGGUGGUAUUGGCUUGAGUUCUGAAUCUGUGCCCGGGCUUCCUGCAGUAUUCAGUGGCAUCGAGCAUAAUCCGCAAGGUUAUAGGAGCCUUUUGCGCUCGUCGCAUCUUGGCCUUCGUGACGAGCUUCCGAAGUUUCCUUGGGAUGAAGGUUUUUGGAGCGACUUCUUCAAGCCUGUUGUUAAGCCUCCGGUGGAGUUCCUGCAAGAGGCUUUAGAGGCAGAUGAGCUGCCUGGGCCCAAACGUGCUCGCAAAGCUGUUACAGUCACCUUCGAGCGAGUUGUGUUAAAUCGUGCUGUGAUCUCCUGGAGAGAUCAGCGAGAAGCCGACUUGAGCAGAGCCUGUCAUGACCUCCUGGGAGAUUAUUUGGCCCGCAAAGCUCCCAGUACAUGUCUCAAGCGUGCAAAUAGCAUGUUGAUGUUGGGCAAGUCUGUAGCUUCCGAAGGCUUCACAAUGCCCAUGCAGGAGCCGUCUCUUUACUCGAUUUUGAGAGAUUGCAAAGCCGGUGGUGCAUCCUUGUCAGCUUUGCGAGGCAUCAUGGAAGCGAUCACUUUCGUGCACUUUACAUUUGACAUUUCGACUUUGCAUGCCAGUGUCAAGAGCAAGAGAUGUUGGGGCCUGUCCUCAGCCAAGCAAGCCACUCUUGCCUCUAAGGCAGACCCUUUCACAGUUGAAGAAAUACUUGAGAUGCAUCGAAUACUUUACGAAGGGGACGAUCUCUGGGAUCGUCUCAUGUGUGGAGUGUCCCUCUACUGCAUCUACGCCAGGUGUCGAUGGAGCGACUUCCAACAUGUUGACUCGCUCUCUCUGGAGUGCAACGACCAGGGCUUUGCAGAGUUCGGCUCAGCUUUCAUCGAUGUGCAUAAGACAAUGAAUUUCUUCUCAAAACUUCCGAAGUGUCUUGAGCUAGUUGCGGUAGGCCGUGGCCUCGAUGGCAAAGAUUGGCUCUGUGUGUUCAUGGAGGUCCGAAAGGCUUUAGGCGUCGAGUACCACAAAGGGUACCCAAGCAUGCCCGCCCCCGACAAAUCUGGCGCCCCGACGGUCAGGGCUUUGGGAUCUGACGAAGCAGGUGCGUGGCUCCGAGAGCUAUUGCCUGGGCGUGAAGGCCGGCGCACCACCUCCCACAGCUUGAAAGCCACUCUGUUGUCUUUUGCAGCUAAGAGAGGGUUAGCUCACACUGACCGGCUGGCCUUAGGCGGGCACUUCCAUGGGGCUCACAUGGCUGAUGUAUAUGCGCGGGAUGCCUUAGCACGCCCAUUGCGACUUCUGGCGGGCAUGCUGUCUGAGAUCAGGCUAGGAAAGUUUGCACCAGAUGCUGGCAGGGCUGCCCGUUUUCCUGGGCGCACCAAUGAGGAAUUGAUAGGGGCCGAGCUGCCCACAGGUGUCGCCCAUGCCGCUCCCACGGAACCUCAGCCGCUAGAUGAAGUCCACCUUGGCAGCAGCAAUCGCGACAGCAGCGCUAGGGGUCUUGAAAGCUUCUCUCAGUGGGAUCUUGUCUCCUUGGGGGCACCGUCACAUGCAUCGAAGGCCGUGAAGUCGGAUGCGUGCACUUCCCAGGCGGGAGGCGAAGUCAUGAGUGUGAAAUCGGACAGAACAGAACCUCCGAGUCCCGAUUUUUCUGAGGGUGUUGGCGACCUGAGCCUCAUGCCUGAUCGAGCGCCGCAGGGAUCUUUUGAGAUAGUUCCGGAAGACAUCUCCGAAGUCAAUCCCGAUGACGGUGUCUCCUCUGACGGAGACACGUCGUCGGAAGGCUCCUCAUCCGAGUCGUCCGAUUCUUCUGAGGGAGAAAAUCCGGAGCCCAGGCUGAUGCCCCCGCCUUCGCCUCCUGAAGGUACCUUCUUCAUGCAGCAUCGCAAGCUCAAAACUCUGCAUUUGUUGUUGACCGGGCACCGCAGCUUCACGCUGUGCGGAAGACCGUUGCAAACUAUCGACAGCCCCUUCAUUGAGCCUGGCCGGCUGAGGUACGAUACCCCAGUGUGCAAGCAGUGCAAGAGAUCUCUAGCUAACCCUGGGCGCGACUGA